UGGUCAUCAUGUCAUUAGUUUUAAUUUGAUUUUUUAAGAAAUUUUAAGAGUAUAAGCGGGAAAGGAGGGUGGUGUGGGCAUCAUGUCAUGCGAAAGUGAGUAACCUGCUCGAUUCGAACUUCAAAAUUGAGGAACAAGUUGUCACUCGGAAAAAUAACCCGAGGGCUAUGCGGGGUGGAAAGAGCCGUUGGCAUGACAUGUGCCAUAAUAGAAUAUUCAGCAUUUGUAUGAACUGUUCAACCUCGCUAUGUAGGUAUGCGAAUGAUGUGUAAACGAUCUCUUGCACACAGUCUUCAUAUCGCUUAAAUUAAUGAUUGCGCCAACGGCUAGCUGCGUUCUACGAAGAAGAACCGACCACCCUCACAAGGGGGGUAUUUUGGCCCUGGCGAAAAGGCUCUGCACUGGUUGGCAUUCCCUCCUGCCACCGCGGGUUGAGCCACAGUCACAAAUAUGACCAACUCGCCAAGGGAUCAGCUCAACACGGCCACUCCUACCGAUGAAGAGCAGUCGGAAAACAAGCUGUGUCCUGGCCAUGGGGUGGUGGUCGAUGACCUCCCGGGGGCGCACACUGACGACUACUUGAUCGCACUCACCCAAGUGGUCAGCCCUGGGAGAAUCACCCACAUAUCCAGAACUCAGGAAGGAGUGUGUGUGUUCCUGGACAGCGAAAUGGAGGCGGCCGGCAUAGUAGACGAAGGAGUUCUGGAGGUAGACGGUGUCCAUUUACGGUGCCGUCCAUACCGCGUGGGCUGUCACCGUGUCUGUCUAUCCAACUGCCUGCCCUUCCUGAGAGACGCUGACAUAAUCGCCGAACUGGAAAAAUUUGGACAGGCAAGAAAUCCACAGUACGAAAUCUCUAGGGGGCGCUCAUGAAUAGAGAAAAGUGUAGAGUACAUACUGGUCACUGGUCCUCCGUAACGGAAGGUGUUCCCACCACUGCUGGGGCAAGCCAUCCACUCGUCGGUACCGGAAUUCCACCAUAUUAAGUCUUUCACCAAGACGGCCACCAUGACAUUGAACGACGUCACCAUCCUGCCGGACGUCAUCGGUGUGCCUUUCGAGGCGGUCCGCGUCCCCGUUUUCGUCCGCGUCGAUAUGGGUCUGGACCACCAGGACGGCGACAAACUUGGAUGUCGCGAGGAGCCCGCACCACAUCACAAGGUCCGAUUCAUUCGAGUUAUCGCCUGCACAUGAAAGGCGUCACCGACUGGCUUUGGCCUCGAGCUUGACCCCAAUAACGCACUUCCGCCAGCAGGAGAGGGGCCCGUCUGCAGGCCCGCCUGGAGGCCUGCCGCCCCUUCCCCGGCUGCAUGUGCGGGCGCGGCCGGGGCCCGAGCAGCGCUGCAGCUUCCGCUCGCCCGUGGACUCGUUCCUCGCGCGGCACCCCGCCGUCGUCUUGGCGGCGAGCGCCGCGGCCAGCCCCAGGGCCAGCCCCCGCGGCUCCGCCACCAGCUGUGCGAGCGCCGCCAACACCGCGACGGCACCGGCCUCCAAAAGGCGCAAGGGCUCGCCGUACUUUGUGGUGAGCCGUCCGCCGCACCUCCCCCACGCGGGCCCCGGGGUGGGCCCACCCGGGUGGAACCUGUUGCCCGACUCCGCCGCGUCGUUCGUCAUCCUGGCGCCCCGCUGCAGAUGGGGGCCGAGCGGUCCGGGUCGCGGCCGCCGAGGUGCGGGGCCG